CCCGCAGCUGACCCAUCUUUUCUUCCUUCCUCACCACCGCCAUCUGCAUCUCAACAGAGCCCGAGCCUCAAUAAACAGCACAACGUCCAGCUGCAGCAACAGCUACACCAUGAUGUCAACUCUUGAUGUUAGUAUCGUCCUGUGUAUCGUACACCCCAAAGCGAAAUUGCCAGUCACGAGGCUUAUGUCCCCAUCCUCCGCUAUAAUCUCGAUUCCAUAUUCACGGAAGCAAGGAGAAUGGGCGGUGCCCCGAAGAGAUACAAUUGUUCCGGCUCUUCGGGUCUCGCUUGUGCUCUUUGUUUACUGUGAUUAUGGAGUCGAGGUUAUGGCGGUAGCUGUUGACACAAGCCCUGUUGCGAGCGAUUUCCUCUUCGGCUACACAAUGUUCCGCGUAGUUGGCGUUGGGCGAAUUUUGCCAGAUAUUAUCUCUGUGGAAGACGUCGGCCCUGCCAGAACAAGAAGAAGGCAAGCCAGCAGAAAUUCGACAUGGAACGACUUAAGAGAAUUUUUAGGGACGGAGGGCAAGCGUCAAGUGCUUUCCUCCAUAACCAUUGUGUCAGUGAAAUAUUCAGCCUGCCGGGGUACAAAUGGAACGUUGACAUGGGAGAACUCGGGCACGGUGUUUGCGAAUGUGGUUCAUACUCUCAUGAACAUGUUGUUGUUACUCCAAACUCUUGCUGCUUUGCUCGAACGGUUUAGUUUAGGGCUGACGGUCCGGAGAUGGUUGCCUGGGAACAGCGAUUGGCGUACUCGAGAAGUUGCAACCGCAACCAAAACAUCAAGAUCUAGAAUUCCGGGCAGUUGCCUCGUCGCCUCGUCGUUCCUCCCCGAAAAUUCUCAAGAGCGCUCUACAAGGCCACGUGGGCUAAUAUCUCAACAAGUCCAGAGUCCCAUUUGCCCUCAAUCUCUUCUCCGUCAACUCCUACUCCCUUACUCGCCUCAAUCAACACCGGCAGCAUACAACCCGGCCAUGCGAACGACAUAG